AUGUCCCAAACCACGUGCCCACCACCGCCUCCAUCUCUCCUCCUCUCUCCUCCUCUCCUCUCCUCUCCCAGCUGUCUUUCCACCUGCGUAGUCGUAGCGCUGCUGCUUCUAGCGGAAAACACCUUGCGAGUUGAGCGGCCAGGUCAGUUCGGCUCCGGACAAAGUUCCUCUGCCCGAACUCAUCUGCCGAGACGGCUCCGUGCUUCCCCCUUCCCUUUCGAGAGCACGAGGGUGGCUUUUCCGAUCCUGAGCGCAGCCGCAGCCAGACCCUUGGGAGUGCCUCCGAGUAAGUCCCGACUUCUUAUUCCUCUUCUGGUCUCAACAGAUUCUCGUGCAGGUGAGGAAGGGGCCAUCCGGAGCGUGGACCACGCAGUGGUUGGCGGCGUCGUGGCCGUGGUCGUGUUCGCCAUGCUCUGCGUGCUCAUCGUUUUAGGGCGAUACUUUGCCAGGCAUAAAGGUACAUACUUCACUCACGAAGCCAAAGGAGCAGAUGAUGCGGCCGACGCAGACACAGCCAUCAUCAAUGCAGAGGGGGGACAAAACAACUCCGAGGAGAAGAAAGAGUACUUCAUCUAGAGCAGCCUUGGUUUCUAUGAGGUGUCCAACCGUGGACGGUUACUACUGGCCCUAUUUAAACGCUACAGAGACAGCGAUAUCGGAAGUUGCAACCAGCUUGUGUCUUUUUUUUUUAAUGAAAAAAAAAAAAAAGCGAAUGGGUUGAGAGUUGUGAGGCUGGGAGGGUCCGGGAUUUGCUGUGUAAAAUUAUUCCUUGUCAAGUACACUCUGCUGUUCGACACCUCAGUUUGUUUGGGUUUUCUUUUUUUGGCCAAGUCCAGCUUGGAUUUAGUUUAGUGAAGUCAUUGCAGAAGAUUCUGUGCCUUGUUUAAUUUCUGUUCGUUGGGGUCGGGGGGAGGCUGGGAAGAAGAGGGGCUUCUGUGCGGUAGUUCCCUUCGGGUUUCUGUGGCUCUUCGUUUCCCCUUCCCUGUCGCGUU